AUGCAUGAUGGAGCCAUUGUUGGCAUGGAGUCAGUAUCAAAAUGCUCUCUGUUUGGGGUGACUUUUUCUGUGGGAUUCAUCAGCGCAGGCAGGAUUCUCAAAGAAUCUGCUUCCUUUUCCUUGCCCACUCCAGGUCACCUGAGACGUGUAUUCAGAGGUGCCAAAUCUGAGGCCCUUCUGGAGAAAGAGCAUGAGCAGAUUGCUUUAUCAGAGGUGCCAAGCCAGACUCAGGGAGAGCUGUUCCCAUCCCGGGAGCAGGAAGAGCAGUUGAGGCAGCAGGUGGAAGAGCUGCAGGAGAAUGGCCAGAACAUCAAGGCAGAGCCACAAGCAGAGCUGCCCAAAGCUCAGAUUCCCAUCAUGGCAGUGAAGAGCAGGAACAAGGAAGACAUGAGAAGCAUCCAAGAGGAGAUGAAUCUUCCUCGACAGAGGGGUGAUCUACAAAACCAGAUCUACACAAGCUCUGUCACGCAACCUGAUGCAGCAGCAGUGUUGUUUCAUGACAACCUCAGUCCCCAACCUGAGAAGUGGAGCCUUUUCAGCUCGUUUAGGUCCAGUGUGGCCGCAGCUGCUCAGAAACAGGACACUGAGGAGAAGAACCUGGAGCUACUGAGGAUAAUGGUGAAGAUGGGAAAUCCCAUGAAGAAAUACCUGGAACUGGGAAAUAUUGGCAGCGGGACUUUUGGAAAGGUUUGUAGGGCACUCGACACUGCUGCAUGCAGACAGGUGGCCAUAAGGAAAAUAAAUCUCCAUAGACUGAGGAAGAAGGAGCUAAAAAUCACUGAUUUCACGUUCAUGAAGAGGAAGAAGAAUCCCAACAUGGUCAACUAUUUAGACAGCUACCUUGUGGGUAAGCAAUUCUGGCUGGUGAUGGAGUACAUGGAUGGAGGCUCUCUGAGAGAUGCCAUCAGCAAGACCCACCUGUCUGAAGAUGAAAUGGCAGCUGUCAGUCGGGAGUGCCUGCAAGGACUGGAUUUUCUUCACAUAAACCACGUGAUCCAUCAAAAUGUGAAGAGCAACAACAUCCUUUUCAGAACUGAUGGCUCUGUCAAGCUGGCUGAUUUUGGCCUCUUUGCUCAGCUCAGCCCUGAGAAGAGUAGACAGAGCUCAGUGGCCACCAAUUCUGGGUGGAUGGCACCUGAAGUGGUGACAGGUCAACCAUAUGGCCCCAAAGCAGACAUAUGGUCUGUUGGAAUUGUGGGCAUUGAAAUGGUGGAAGGAGAAGUUCCUUACUGGAAUGAAACUCCUGUCAGGCCUCAACACCUGACAGCCACAGGAGGGAGACCAAAGCUGCAGCAGCCCAACCUCUUCUCCCCUGAGCUGCAGGACUUCCUGCACUGCUGCCUGCAGGUAGACGAGGCGCGGCGCUGGUCUGCCAAGGAGCUCCUGCAGCAUCCAUUUGUAGCAUCAGCUAAGCAGACUUCCUGCCUGCUACCACUGAUCGCUUCACGGCUGGUGAAGAUAAGGGAGGCGGAGAUAUGACUGUCAUCAUCACAUCUGGACCAUUUACUCCACAACCAGUUUAGGAUUGUAGAAUAGGACUGUAGAGUACGAUUGCUGAGUAGGAUUGCAGGGUAGAAUUGUAGAGUAUGAGUGUAGAGCAGGAUUGUAGAGUAGGAUUGUAGAGUAGGAAUGUUGAGUAGGAUUGCAGAGUAGGAAUGUAGAGUAUGAUUGUAGAGAAGGAUUGUUGAGUAGGACUGCAGAGUAGGAAUGUAGAGUAUGAUUGUAGAGAAGGAUUGUUGAGUAGGAUCGCAGAGUAGGAAUGUAGAGUAUGAUUGUAGAGAAGGAUUGUUGAGUAGGAUUGCAGAGUAGGAAUGUAGAGUAUGAUUGUAGAGAAGGAUUGUUGAGUAGGAUUGCAGAGUAGGAUUAUAGUGUUGAAAUGUAAAUAAAUACAUUUUUUGAAACCUCAA